ACCGCCCCCGCUCCAGGCCACGCUCGGCGGCCGACUAUAAAAAGGAGACUUGCGCCGAGUCUUGCCCAGUUCGCUCCUGUCCCUUCUGCGCCUCGUUCCCACCGCCCCGUUCCCAGCGCCCCGUUCCUGCCUUGACCCACUAUGGCCCCGGGAGGCACUCGUCUCGCGCUGCCGGCGCUCCUGGUCCUGCUCCGGGCUCUGCUCGCAGGAGCUGGAGGUGCUGAGGUAUCUGUGCACCCACAAAAUGUUGUCAUACCCCAAGGAGGCUCCGUGGAGGUGAACUGCAGUGGCUCCUGUGAUUCCUUGGGCCUGGAGACUCAAUUGACUAAGACGGAAUUGACCUAUGGGGAUAAUUGGAAAGUCUUUCUACUGAGUGAUGUGCAAGAAGAUAGCAAUCCGAUAUGUUUCUCAAACUGUGACAGUGGCCAGUUGACGGCUUCAAUGUCCCUUACUGUGUACUCUUUCCCAGAGCAUGUGGACCUGGCACCCCUGCCUCCCUGGCAGCCUGUGGGCAAGAAGCUCACCCUGCACUGCAAGGUGGUAGGCGGGGCGCCCAGGGCCCUCCUCACUGUGGUGCUGCUGCGAGGGGAAGAGGAGCUAAGCCGGCAGCCAGUGGUGGGGGAAACCACUGAGGUCCCCUUCACCAUGCUGGCGAGCAGAGAGGACCAUGGCGCCAGUUUCUCUUGCCGCACGGAACUGGACCUGCGUUCCCACAACUUGGGACUAUUGGAGAACAGCUCAGCCCCCAGGCAGCUCCGAACUUUUGACAUGCCAGAGACCCUCCCAAGCCUUGCUACCCCCAAAGUUGUGGAAGUCGGCACAGAGUGGCUUGUGAACUGCAGCCUGGAAGGGCUAUUUCCAGCCUCAGAGGCCGAAGUCCACCUGGUGCUGGGCAACCAGCGGUUGAGUCCCACAAUCACACGCAAUACAGACUCACUCUUGGCCUGGGUUCAGGUGAAGGUGGAGGAGGCGGGUGUGCGGCAACUGAGGUGCAGUGUGGUGCUGGGAAGCCAGAGCCUGGAGAAGCCAGAGACUGUGACCUUCUACAGCUUCCCUGCGCCCAGCCUGACCCUGAGUGAAGUAGAGGUCUCAGAAGGGACUAUGGUGACUGUGGAAUGCAAGGCCCAGGCUGGAAUCCUGGUGAGGCUGAGUGGGGCCCCAGAUGGCCCUCUGGCCUCAAGGGCCUCGUUCACACUGGAGGCCAGAGCUGAGGACGACAUGCGUAAAUUCUUCUGUUCUGCUGUCCUGGAUGUAGCUGGGCAAGUGCUAUACAAGAACCAGACCCAGGCACUCCGUGUUCUGUAUGGCCCACGACUGGAUGACAGGGAUUGCCUGGGCAACUGGACAUGGCAGGAAGGUUCUCAUCAGACCCUGUUGUGCCAGCCCUGGGGGAAUCCAGCCCCUAAGCUGGACUGUCGUCGGAAAGGGGAUAAAGCAUUGCUGCCCAUUGGAGAACUGAGGCCUGUGAAGCAGGAGAUUGAGGGCACCUACCUGUGUCGGGCUGAGAAUUCUCAGGGCGAGGUUACCCGUGAAGUGUUUGUGCACGUGAUCUACCCGCGGAAUGACUGGACGAUGAUCAUUGUGGUGGUAGUAGUCAUAGCCUCCAUAGCUGCUGUGGGCAUAACUGCGUACAUCUAUAACCGCCAGCGGAAGAUCCGGAAAUACAAGCUACAGAAGGCUCAGGAGGAGGCUGCCAUUAAGCUGAACAUGUCAACCCCACCACCCUGAGCCUGUCCCAGGACAGGACUUCCUCCUCAGCCCCUACUUGGAGGUAGAGGUGCCACAUGAACAGUGGUGGAUAUAUGCCAUUCAGCUAUACCCACCAAGGAUACCAGAUGACAGGCCUCAGUCAGGAUACAGAUGGCAUUUGGGGUUAUGGUACCUGCAUGCCUAGGAUCCCCAGGCCUCACACCUGACCCACAGCAACAGGACUGAACCAAGAGGAGGGGACAGGACUGUAAGGGAUGUCAAAGUCUGACCUGGCCAGUGAUGGCGUAAGGAAGAUACAUACCUCUAGCAUGGGUUCUCCCCAGUGGGAAACAUUAGCAACCACCCCUGUAGUGUGUGCUGCAGCCCUAGUCCUGAAGACGUGGCCCUGUGCAAACCCGUGCAGCAGCAAGACACAACCCCUCCCCUGCUUUUGCCUGGUAGAUGCUCGCUGCAGGACUGCUGCUCUCUGUCCCCAACUCUUGAUGUUGAUAUAUAUUUAUUCAUUUCUUUUUUACUAUUUAUUGAGUGCCUUUUAUGUGGACUAGAAUACUAAAGACAGACAUAGGAAGCUCUCAGUCUGAUCUUAUUCAGGGUUGCCAGGUACAGUUGUAUUGACUUCAUUGCACAAGAGUACCUGGCAAAAAGAUCGAAUGGGACUUUCCCUCAGCUGGUGACAUCCCCAGGGAUGAACUGUUGAGCCCUUACCCUCCAGCCCUGACACCAGUUAGCCACCUCUCCACCCACAUCUGCUGGUACUCACGAUGAGCUUUGGUGUCAUACCUAUCUGUGAGUAAACACUCCUUGGCAGUAUCAUGGAGUGUCAUGAAACUAUGCCCAAUCCCUGUGUGCCCCUGCCUGUCCUGUUUCUAGUUCAGUGGGACCAUGCAAGAACAGAACACUGGCAGCUCCAAAUUCCCGCAGUGAUGAGGGCCUUCCUGGCAAUGAGGAGAGGCUUCAGAGGACCCUUUCCCAACUCUGAAAGCCUCUCCCUUGUGCUAAGAAAGCUUCUUCAUCUCCCCCAGCCUUGUGUGAGUUGAGAGGUGGUGUCUCGUCCAGCUGGAACCCUUCUAGCUGCCCUGCUACAACCCUGUCCUCCCACUUCCUGUCCCAAGAAAAUGCUGCUGGUCCUGAGGCUCUAAUCCAAAUCUGGGGCUUGUCAAGACAUUUUGAAACUAGCGAAAAUAAAGAGCUCUCCCCAGAAAAUGUGCCGUUUGGU